AUGGCGAAACAAGCCAAAAAUACUCUCGAAGAAACAAUCAGAGUUGAUAAAAAACCAGAGGUGUGGAUGGAGGAGAUAAUUAAACUUGAGACACUUUUUCGCUCUUGUGAGGGUAGCCAGCAAGUAGCUAAACUCUUGAAUAAGAUCAAGAAUGUUACUUCUGAAUUCGAAGGCAAAACUGGGAACCCUUCGAUUAACUUUCAAGCCCCAGAAAAAAUCAAGUACCCUGACAAACGGAAUGAUAGUGCACUUUCUGCCCCCCAAAAAAAUGGGUUGAUAAGACCUGUCACCGCUCUAGAAGAUUACCAGUAUGAUAAGCGCACCUCUGUUGGCAAGAGGGUUAAAUUCCAGCCCGGUUUUCCUGUCUCUCAUGAGAUAGUCGGUGUCGUUAAGGGUGGGUUUAACCUGACUGCUGAUGGGCGGCGUGGUUUUCGGGUACUUGCCCACUUGAUCUAUAAAGAUCAAAACAAAUUCCCUCUUGUAAAAAGAGAUAUGAUUUCUGUCUUGCCAAAAUACAAGGAGACAUAUGCAAAUACAUUUGGAACUGAUAUUAAAUAA